AUGUCCAAAUACAAAGUUACGAUCAAACCACAAAGUUCAUCCGAUGUAUUGGAAAAGAAGAAGGAGGUACUUUCUCUACUGGAUAAACCAGAACAAGUUGAUUCCCUGCUAGCUUUGUUAGAUGAGGUAUUUUCCAACAGCAAUGUAGAAAAGUAUUCUGCCAUCAGCAAGGAUGACCUUGCCUUCCUGCUUGAAGCUAGAUGCAAGGCUUCAUUGAUAAGGGCUGAUCAACUCUCGGAGAAGGAAGAAAAGAGGUUGGCUAUAUUGAAAGCCCUGAAUAGUGGACAAGAAUGUGUUAUUAAUCAACCAAGUUUUGCUCCUGGAUAUGUUUUGUAUGGUGAAGCUUUUGUUAGUUUUGCAAAAUUGGGUGAUCACGACAAGGUGUUUGAUGAUAAGCAGGAAAGAGAAUUAAUCAAGAAUAUUAGAGAAAUUGUUGUGCAGACACUAAAAUCUGCAUUGGAUAUUGGAGAAAUUUCCAAAGCACAAAAAGGUGAAAUUCACAACCAAAUUGCUAAAUGUUUGGAAUCUAUUUUCUGUUCAGUUGAUGAUUAUGUGGAAGGAGAAGAUCAGAGUGAAUUGAGUAUUGAACAGGUUCAACAGCUCAUGUUUGCAAGACAAAAUUUAAUGUUCAGUGGUGGAAUGGACGUUCUGGAAAGGAAGGCAGACGAACUCGUGGAGAAAGUCACUGCCUCACCAAAUACUCAUCUCAGAAGCAAAAUGUACCAGUUGAGAAUUCAAGUUUUGAACUUUAGACCACACAUUUGGAGAAGAGUCAAAUUACCUGGUUCUAUUACUCUACAAAGUUUGCAAGAUCGUGUUAUUUCACCUGUUCUUGGAUGGUGCCGAAACUAUCAUGCCUACUAUUUUAGAAAAAUCCCAUUCGAAAAGAAAGACUCUAAAAAUCAAAGAAUGCCACAACCAGACCUAGUAUUUGGUCCAAUUUACAGUCAAGCUGUAGACAAAAUGCACGAGUUUAGUCACAACAUUUACACUGCAGAUGAUACAAAGGUUGAACUAUUCCAUUUACUUGAAAAGGACGUGGUGGUGGAGGUUCAAGAGGAGCUGGUGGAUCAUCUUCUGGAGGAGGUUCUAGAGGUGGAGCUGGAAGUAGUGGUGGUGGAAGAUCAUCUUCACCAUCUGGUUCAAGGAGGUGCUAGUAGUGGAAGAAGUUGUCUAUCAAAUUACAUCCAAUUUAUUAUUGGAAUUCAAUAA